AUGCUCCCUACGCCCUGUACCGCACACGUUGACUUGGCGCGGGUAUAUGAGCCGGCCGAAGACUCUUAUCUUCUACUUGAUACCGUGUCAUCUGCGAGCGAACGAGCCUUUCUCCAUGCGCGUUUUGGCUCAGCCUCUUCCGGUCAGGCAGUGACACCGCUCGUUGUCGAGAUUGGCUCCGGCUCCGGCGUGGUCAUUUCUUUUGUACAUGCUCACUGCGCAACCAUCCUCGGUCGCUGCGACAUUCUGACUGCUGGAAUUGAUGUUAACUUCUUUGCAUGCCAAGCUACAGUAAAGACCGUGGCCAUCGCUCAAGCGCAAAAUACUACAAAAGCCUCCUUCAUGGGAAGUAUUCAGGCCGAUCUUGCUAGCUCGUUCAGAGGAAAUGAAAUGGAUAUCCUGAUAUUUAAUCCACCCUAUGUUCCUACUCCCUACCUCCCGAAAAUAGAACACAAAAGUUUUGAUGAAGUCUCCUAUAACAACGAUUCGCACCUCUUAUCACUUUCGUAUGCUGGAGGGGUCGAUGGCAUGGAAAUUACCGAAAGAUUUUUGCAGUGUUUACCCAAAAUGCUCAACAGCGUUCGAGGCUGUGCGUAUUUAUUGCUAUGCGCUCAAAAUAAGCCAGAUCAAAUCAAAUCAAGGAUAAGAAAUUGGGGCAAUGAUUGGCUGGCAGAAACGGUUGGAGAAAGUGGCAAAACAGCGGGUUGGGAAAAGCUCCAGAUCAUCAGAAUAUGGCGCACGUAA